CCACAGCUUACGUUCAGUGCUCAUCUCGACAGAUUUUUAGCAGGUAGCUUCAGUUAAGGUUUUUAUUUCUUCAACGAAAGCUAUUGCUGUUCUCCAGUAAAUAUUUGUUUAAUCAAAACGAAGUGUAUAACGUUGCAGUGGAAAAUGUGUGCAAAAUGAACGCUGUCUCAAACUUCACAAUGUCGUGCUUCUCAGCAGCAGCCCAGUCUAAUCACUCCAAUCAGUCCGUGACCUUGAAGUCCGCCGUCUCCAAUGAAGAAGAGAAUAAGGAUUGCCAGGACAAAUUCCUUAAGGUUCUGCAAGCGCUGCAGAACCGAAACUUCAAGAUUAACAAUGAUGUCUAUUUAGAAAUGAUGAUCUCUCAUUUGUCGGGUAAAUAUAACGGAGAGCACAAGCGGCUGCUGAAAUCACCAGCGGUUUUCCGCUGGUUAGAAGACGCAUUAGGGCAAUGGGAAAGUGAAUAUGUUCCUUCGACGGAUGUUGCAGCUUUUACAUUGCAAGUUUUGGCAAUGGUUGCAGAGGACGAAGGGGAUUUUAUCAGACUGCAACGGGGACAAAUGUUAGAUCGUUUCCAGAGUUGUAUUCGCGGAAAGCACAAGCUUCAGCAUGCCUCGAUAAAGUUGGGCCACGUGAUGGUACUGAAGGCAGCUUCGCGACAUACUAGCGGCUUGAACUGGAUUAAAAGUUCCAGUUCAUGGAAGAUUAGUUUGGAUUACUAUAACGGCCAGCUGCAGACUAUUUACAUCACCAAAGAAACAUCACAUUUUAUAUACAUUGUUAUGGAAAAAUUUGCAAUGAUUGGCGAUUACGAUUUAGUCCAGGAAAUAGUUCGCACUAUACUCUCGCCGCUGCUGGAUGAUGUUUGGAAAUGCCCGGAACAGGAAAAUGCUGUUUUAGUUAAUGAUCAGAAGGCUCAGCGUGUAGUCGCGUCCAUGCUGAGCUUGAUGUGUACGAUUUUUCGGAAUAUGCUGGAAACUGAUAAGAAAUCUAGAACAGCCUACUACAUAUUGGCAACUUGUCAUUUUGAAAGGAAACUGUGGGUCUAUGCCGACUCCCUUCUAGAUCACAAUUUUCUAACAAAAAUUUGGGAAACUCAAAUACUGGCUAACUGUACACGUCUUUGUUGUAUGGAUAUUCCCGAAGAGGAUACAGUGACAAAACCUAUAUCGUUCGAAAGAUAUACGAUCAACUUUCUAAAUUAUAUGAAUUUCUCAAUCCGCCGUGGGAAUGUGCACAAUGUCAUGCUGAUGGGUCAAAUGCAUCAUCACUCCUGGCGUCUUUUGGACAAACGAGCACCGGAAGAGAUUGUAUUGAAAAAUCAAAGCAUCAAAUUUGGUGAUCAAGUCUUACUAAUUCAGCUGUUCCCAGUGGUGUAUGAACUUAAGGGUUUAAUUCAGAAAGACCCUCCCGAUUAUAUCGAAAAGUUUUGCAGCACAUUGUACGACAUUUCCUGCGAGUUCACAAUCCGUUUGAUUUACGGUUGCAGAGAUGUUUUUGAGGCAGCAGGACCCGAUACGGUUAAGCAACUGGCCAUAAAGUCAAUUCAGGGAAUAGUUUCCAUAAAGAGUCUCCCAAGGCCACGUGCUAUUAUUGCGUUUCAAGCGUUUGUCUAUGUACUGAAAGAAUUUCUGCCAGACAUGUGCUACCUGGAGGAUCAGAGUGAUUUUUCUAAAACAGACGUUAUACUGUCGCAGCCCAACUUCCUGGCAGCCAUCAUUAACGGAAUGUACUCGCUGAUCCAAAAUUAUAAAUUCACCUGGAAUGAGUGCAUCGAAUCGAUGACGGUGGUUAACUUUAUGCUCAACCUGCUAGGGAAUCCUAACCUGCCCAUAAAACAUGUGAUUCUAGCUUUAAAGCUAACCCAACUUGCAAUCGAAUAUUUUUUGGCACCGAAUUUAGCUUUACUGAUGGAUGACUUGAAAGGGUCCGGGCUGGAGUUUGUAGGUAAGGUUAUCUACAAACGUCUGCACGAAAGUAGCUGGGAAGUGCGAGACUCCGCCCUCGAGUUGCUGGCAUCGAUUGCAGAGAUUUCGGAAAUUAAGUUUCCGUCUUUUCAGAAACUUAUUCUCGACUGUCAAAUAAUACCGAUUGUUGACGCGGCGGCUAGGAAUGACACAGAGCCGUAUGUUAGGGCAUCGGCCUUGCGAUGUCUGUCGCUGAUGGUUCGAAUACGAUUACUCUGGGAGCACUCGUUGGUUAAGUUGAACUUAAUGAACCACUUGAUAACACUGUUCGACACCGAAAGCGAAGGGAUAGUGCGUCGUGAAGCAGUAAAUACGGUCCGGGAGAUCUAUGCUAAUCAUAAGAUACAUAACCAGUGCUUAGACAGUGUUUUUUCGGUGCUGGCUUUCUCAGCCGUCAACGAUCUGUAUUGGGAGGUACAGAAAAAUGCACUCCAGUUCUGGCAGGUGGUGAUGUGUCGUCAGUUCCAGCAUCAAGGGAUGAUCGAUGGAACAUUUCCGGCGGUAACUUUUUCGAAGGAACAUAAAAAAAUCAUUACCCUGAACAAUAAGGAAAUUCUGCUCCGUCUGCGGAAAGUUCUUAACGAACUUUCGCUCAGAGGUUGUCUUGGAGUAUUGCUGGGCUGCUUAGCGGAUGACUGUGACAUAACAGUAGUUAAGGAGGCAGUAAAAGUCAUACAACGAUUGAUGUCCUACCUAAACAAGUACAACUAUAUUGAGGAAUACAGAAAGCAAGUCGAUCCUGCUACAGGCGAGAGAGCGGCAGUGAUAGAUACCAACUAUUCUGCACAUGUCAGUAUUGGCUCGGUUCCCAAGAACUCGCAACGAAAUAAUGCCGAUUACAGUAGCGGCAAUGUGCCUUGUUUGAUCAAUUCGGAUGAAAUAAUCGAUUCCAUUGUGAAUCUAGACGACGUCAAUUUGCUAUCGAUCAACUACAAAAACAGUCUGUCGGUCGCUCCCGGUGAACGAUCUUCGCUGGGAAACUCUUGCAACUGCGAAUCGAGUAAGGUGCACGACAACUUGUUCAAAAAAUACGCCGAAGUAACGGCCGACGAUUUCAUCGACCGGGUGCUGCAGAUUGAUUUCGGUGCGUUGAUCGCCAGUCGGGAGCAAUGGAUGCAGCAGACGGAGAGUUUCUCAUCGUUGCUGGACGAUGUUUUAUUUUCUUACUACGCGGCAGACGUCAACGAUGCCGAUUGCUACUGAGCUGAGGUCAAUGGUAGCAACAAAAAGUAAGCCAUGUGCCUGCUGCCGUUAUUGCAGUGCGCAUGGUAAUUUCGACGCUAAAAAGACUGCAACGUCUGUUAUUUACGUUUUUUUCAUGCUUUUUGAAUAAAAAAAUAACAUAAAGGCGAUUUAAGCGAUCUGGUUUGAAAACCAUACCUUCAUUAAUAUGUAGUUGAUGCACAUUCAACCGCUGUAAAAUUAGUUGCAAUUGUAAUUGAAACGUGGUUUUUCAUAUAUUAAAUAUUUUUUUACCAUUACCGUAAAACUCGGUAAUAUUUGCAUCAUAUAACAGAGUUGCUCAGUUGAAAGUUUUAAUUAAUUAAAAGACUAAAAAUGAACCGCACUAAUUUAA